AAACAGAGAUCUAAUUAAGGUAUUAAUUAGAUGGGUUUAUGUUCCUUUCAUGGAGGUUAAUCUUCUUUUAGGUAUUUGAGCUCCGACUGGUUACUCAACCUGCAAAACAGAACACCGUUACUCGUUAAGAGGGGAAUGUGGGGGUUUCCCUCUUAACCGGGCUCCGGCGUGAGAAUAAGCGAUUGCUUUGAGAGUAAUUAAGUAGUAAAGAGUGAGAGCCGAGAGAAUAGAAUGAAUAACCUGAGGGAUGGAGUUCUCUAUUUAUAGCCAGAGUGGUGUAAGAGGUUGUGGGCUGAUGGGCCUUGGGCCAGAAACGGACAACGAAUAUGCUCUUUGCCUCGCUGGCCUCGACUGCUUAGUGGCUUCUAGAUGCUCGUCGGUGCUGGCGCACCUUGAUUGGAGCCACGUGUCAUUGUUGUCGGCCUUGUUGUCCCUUCUGUCAUCAGCAGACAAGUGGAGAUCGUGGGACAGUUGUCCCCGUCUCUUGAUUGGUGCCGUGUAGGCGUCCUUGUGUACUUAUCGUCAGAAGAUCGUGGCGCACGAUUGAACAGAGCCUGCUGGACGUUCAUUGGCUCUUUUUCCUGCCACUCGUACCCUGUGUACCUCUGUAGGUAACAGCGCGUCUUCUUAUGAAGAUGACUUUGCUUGGUGGCGACUAACCCGCGCGGGGCUAGUGUGUUCACUUAUACCAUUGUUUUCAUGCUAAGUGUUGCUAUCUGUCUUCAUUAUGUGCUCUUCCUCGCGCGGGGCUAAGUCAUAAUGUGACGUAAGUUGCGCGAGGCUGUUAUUAUCAAGUUGUUAUGCUAAGGAGUAUGGUCUCACGUGCAACCUGUUAUGAGGUUUGCGCGACUUUUUGGGACCAUACCCCUUCAAGUCCCCCCAGUCCAGUGCUGCACCAUGCGCAACGCAAGUGGUUGGAGCUCUGGACUUGAUAAAAAUAAGAGAAGGGGAAGUUGUCCUUUUGGUCUUGACUUGUAAGGCGCAUGUAGGAAACUGUGGUUUUCGAUGCGCAGGUACUAGGCAGGUGUCGAGUGAUAUCUUGUUUGUUCUUUUUAUCGCGCGAGGUGUUAGUAGUUUACGUAUAUCUGGCGCGAUUCUUGUGACUUCUGCAUGAAGUUACUUGCACGUUUUAUGGCGGGAAACUUCGAAAUUUGAACCUCUGACAGGUUGGUGAGAUAAGUCGCUGAGAGCGACGCUUGAGUUGACCCCUGGCACGGAUGUCAUCAUGCCGCCUGCGGCGGUUGCACUUCAUGUCAGGAGAGUGGAUGCCACGCGCGCGUGGUAACCGUCGUCCCUGCUUUUCCGCUUGACGUGGCAACCUCUCGUUGGUUGCCCCUGCGGCGAGUGCGGCACGGUUACCCAUCGCAUUAAAUGCGAUGGGUAUAUAUAUCCGAAGAGAAAGGUGAGAGAUUCACUUUCUCUUCGUUUCUUCUCCCUUUUUCUCUCUGAGUCUUCAUAUUGUUCUUCAUCUUCUUCAAACUUUCUUCAAAUCUUCAAACUUUCUUCAAGUUUUUUCCAGCUUUUUCUUGAAAUAUGAGUGAAGAACAUCAAGAAGCUCCUGUUAGUGAGGAGGGGCCAGUCCCAGUCCUGAGAUGGGACUUAGGUUUAUUCGAACAGAUCGUUCGAAGUUUUAGGUUUCCACCGGAGUGGGAUGCCCGGUACCCUGCUCAGGGUCAGACCGCGGCUGAUGCCCCACCCGGUUACAUUACUUUGUUCGAAGACUUCUUCCUUCAAGGAAACUUCCGGCUGCCGGCGACUAACUUCUUUGGUAGCAUAUUGUCCUACUACAAGUUUCAUAUCUCACAGUUAAGCCCACCUGGGAUGGUGAGGGUGAGGCACUUUGAGUUCUUGUGUCAAUCUCACGGCAUUGAGCCGACGGUGAAUAAGUUUCGUGUCUUCUAUCAACUGCAAAGAACAAUGGGGUUCUUUUCUUUUGCUAGCCGUGGUACGGCUAAGAAGAUUUUGUUGAAUCCUCCCAAGAGUUUCCACGACUGGAAACCCAAGUUCUUCUUCAUCCGGGAGGAAGUCUUGCCAAUAGCUAUGCCGUUUAGGGAAUGGACCGAGGUUAUACCAAAGGAGGACCUUCCUAUACCGAAGUCUGCUCAGUGGUAUCAGCAGCUUACCGCAACCCCUAACCGGGUAUUUGGGGAGAAUGUUCUGGUUGCUGCCAAGAUGAGUGACCAGUGGUCACCUAGUAGCAGGGAACUCCCGGUCUUGAAGAUCGGGGAUCAAGAGACGCAACUCUAUCAGGCUGCCUUCCCAGCCUUUGGUGGCUCCAUGGGCGUUCGCCCUCUGCGCGAUGAUGAGGAAGGCUGGUAUGACCAGAUAAAAGGGAACUUCAUGUUUCCUCCUGCUGACGCCUUCGCCUCGCCGCCGGAUGCAACUGAAGGUGCGCAAUAUCCUAAACCUCGUCCGUUGCGCUCUGUGACUUCUGCUGGGAAAGAGACUUUCUAUCUUUCCAGCGAGGAGUCAGUAGGGUCUUCGAAUGGCGAGUUAAGUUCGUUGCCUAAAAUCUUUGCAGGUGUGUUGCGCGAUCUGGGGGUUGACCCAGAGGAGAAGAAGAAGAAACCUUCGAAGAAGAAAAAAAAGGCGGAUGUUGAAGUGACCAGCAAGGGUCCUGGCGCCAGUCGCGCAACUACUGCUGCUGUCAAAGCUAUGGGAAAGACUGGCGCUGGUGGGUCAAAGGGCUCUGGGAGCGCGGGUUCUCGUAACCCGGAUGCUGACGCAACUCCAUCUCAACCUGAGGAUGAAGAAGAAGAGGAAGAAGAGACUGCCCCGUUGAUUGGAAGAAAGAGGGGUAGAAGCGAGGCGACAACUGGUAUGGCCUCUGCGCCUGUUUCAGUUGUUAUUCCCGUUGUUGGGAAGAAAAGCAAGUUGCGCUCGUUAUACCAGUUUUCUCCUGAGAUCAAGAAGAAGACCCCUGAAAAGGGGGUUAAGUUUGUUGAACCCAGCACGAAAAGACCUAAGGUUGCCACUGAACCUUCCGAUUCUGCUGCGCGUGAUGCUGCGAAAACUGCUGAAGCGCAGCGAAAGGCAGAAGAGGAUCGGAGGAAAGAAGAGAGUAGGAUUGCUGCGCAGAAGAACGCUGAAGAGCGAAAGCGCAAAGAAGAGGAAGAGAAAAAGAGGAAGGAGGAGGAGGAGAGAAAGCUGAGGGAGGAGGCGGAUAGGCAGAGGAAGGCGGAAGAGGCGAGGAAAGAAAGAGCUGCCGAUCAGUCUUCUGUUCAAGGGCAGUCUGGUGUCCCAAAACCUCCCCCUGCUGCGCCGAUUGUUACCUCUAAGGGGUUAGGGCGCUAUGUGUCUAGUGGUGCAAGCUCUGGAGGAGCUGGGGGCUAUAACCCCAAUGUGAUAGGUGCGAAGGAUACCGUCGGGGACAUAUAUUAUAAAACUUAUACUGAAGAGGAACGUGGUGAUGCUCCUCAUCAAGCCCCUUGGAGCUUAAGGCAGAAGGAUACAUUUGUUGAAUUUGGUCCUUCUCGCGAUUGGUACUUGAACCAAUUCACUCCUGGCGAAGUUAACCGUCAAAAGGCGAAGCCGCAUGAAAUGUUGUAUCGCACUUACAUUCUUGCCGAGGCUAACGCUCGAUCUGCUAACCAUCAGAUAGUUCGUGAAUGGCGAACAAUGGUCAGAGAGCGCGCCGACUGGGAGGCUUACCGAGAACGUGUGCUAAAACGUGUUGGUGAAUUUGAGAAGGCUAAGGCCACAUUUGAUGAGGAGAGAGCCAAGUUUGAGGCUGAUAGGAAAGCUGAAGAGUGGGGUCGCGAGGGCCUGCAAAAGAAACUUCAUAAUGUGGAAGAGCAACUGGCCAAGGAGAAGGCCGAGUUCAAGCGUAUAUGCGCUCAAGACAACGAGCGUACUUAUGCUCUUCGCCAGAAGAUCGUUGGUCUUGAGGCUACAGUUGCGGACUUGACCUCAAAGGUGGAGGAAGCGCAGGGUGAAAAAACUGCCAAGCAGCAGAUGGAGGUUGAGCUGACUGAAGCCAAGGUGCAAUUGUCUAACAAGGACAAGGAUCUCCAUGCCAAGGACGUUGAGAUAGCGGAACUCAAGCGUCGCUUGAAUGAGCAAAUCGACAGAUGCGAGUCUUUGGAGAUUGACCUUGAGGCUGAGAAGGUCAAGGCCACCGAUGCCGAGGAGGCGCGUGCUGUCAGCACUGCGGCGCUUAACGUGGCUCAGACAAAUUAUUCUGAGGCCCAAGGCAUUGUGGACACGCUUGUUUCUGAAGCAGAAUGGAUGCGCACUCGGGGAAUAGUGCUGGUUGCCAACUCCAUCCUGAACGCCGGCGAGCUAGAUCGCGCUGUUGCUGCUCUUACGGAUGCGGCGCGUGCAGUUGGUCAUCGAGGAGGUUACCUGGAGUGUGCUGAUCACGUUGAGCGAAUGCUGGGACAAGAAUUCGAUACAAGUCAUUGCUCAGUGACGGAACAAGCUGAUGCUGCGCUGGCCAGUGCUGAGAACUCAUAUGACAACCUCUCCUUGCCCAUCAUGGACUUGGUUGUUAGUGCCUUAAAAAAGGAUGAUUGGUGUCAGCGCCUCAAGGCGAUCCUUGAUCCACCGAUUACUGUUGAAUCAUCUGAUGAGGAAGCAGCUGGUGAUGAUGGCGGAGGUGAUGACGAUGGCGACGAUGGUGAAGGGAACGAAGAUGAUGAUGGUGAGAAGAAAGAAGACAAAUAGAGUAGGUUGUUAGUUUGUUGAUAGGCGUUUGUGCCUUUGUUUCUGACUUGAUUGUAAGUGAUGCGCUUUUGCGCAGUUUUAAUGACAAUGAAAUGUCUUCGUUUUUUCUGUUGCAAUUAUUGCAUUGCUGUAAAAACUUAGGUUAAAUUAGCUCGAAUAAAUGGAAGCGUUAUCUAAGUAUAAGGUGGCCACCCGGUCUCGCGCUUUGUUUGCGGAGGACCUUGGAGGUGGUUUUGAACCAUCUCAAAAUGCUGGAGUGUUUUCGCGCUAAUCAGAAGUUUAACAUGCAUUUGUAACGAAAAAA